UGAGUACCCUGUUGAUUAGCAGGUGAGCAUUAGUAGCCCUCUGCGUUUCAGGGAGUAGUCAUUGCUGUUCAUUCUGCUUUCACUCCAUUUGCCUUUGUGUUCACACCUCCCUCUCGUCCUCCCUCCCUCCCUCGCUCACCCCACCCUCACAUGUCUUUCUCUCUGUUUGCCUGCUUGAGCAGCAGAGCAAAGAAAACAAGCACUUUUGUCUCGCUGCAACCAGGAAACCGAUCAGAGUCUGAGCCGAGACGAAGGAGAGCAGAGGGGGGGACAACGAAAGACCAAGAAGAAGAAGCAGCAGUUGGGUUUCAGGCCAUGAUAGAACGCAUGUUUCCGCUGUGCAGCUGGUGUUCCCGUUCUGUUGACCCUGAGAAUGUGGGACAGCUCUGCUGCUGACAUAAAUACUGUCCCGCCUCCUUUUGCCUUCACCCAAAGGCUGACAUUCGAAGUGGCUUUGCUUCACUUCAUCCUCAAACACACCACUGUGAAAUGAUGGCAAGAGCGGGUCCAGGAGCACCCAAGAGCCCGAACCUGGGCUCUCAGCCUCCUCUCAGUAAAGAGCGACAGAUGGUGGACAAGAGCCUCAAAAGACUGGAAAGGCUCCACAGCCUGUGCACAAACCCCCGGCUGGGCCUGAAGAACAGCCCGCCGUACCUGCCGGAUCUGGUGAGGGAGACUCUGACGCUGCUCUAUCAGGUUUGGGAGCCCUACGUCGGAUCCAGUUCAGCAGGGGGGCUGUUGCCCAGAGGGGACGAGGCCACGUACCUGAGAAUCCACGUCAGAAACCUGCUGGAUAAGGCAGACAAGGCCAUGAUGCUGUUCAAAGACGGACGGGAGAAGAUCUUUGAUGAGACAUCGAGCUACAGGAGGAAUCUCACCAAACUGUCCCUGCUGUUCAGUCAUAUGCUGUGGGAGCUGAAGGCCAUGUUUCCAGGGGGGUACUUUCAGGGUGACACCUACAAGCUGACAAAGAGCAAAGCAGAGGAGUUUUGGAGACAGUCUUUUGGUAACAGGUGCAUAGUGCCGUGGAAUGAUUUUAAACAACAACUGAGAAGAGUGCAUCCAUUUGAGGAGGGGAUGGAGUCCAUGGCUCUCAAGUCAACCAUUGAUCUGACGUGUAACGACUUCAUCUCUGUGUUUGAGUUUGACAUCUUCACAAGGCUGUUUCAGCCGUGGAGGUCGCUCAUACGGAACUGGAACCACAUGGCAGUGACUCACCCCGGUUACAUGGCUUUCCUCACAUAUGACCAGGUGGUGGAUCGGCUGGAGCACUACCUGCACAAACCUGGAAGCUACAUAUUUCGCCUGAGCUGCACAAGAAUGGGUCAGUGGGCCAUUGGUCAUGUGACUGCUGAAGGGGACAUCAUCCAGACCAUCCCAGGGGACACACCUCUCUACCAAGCACUUAUUCGAGGCUUCAAGGAGGGCUGUUACUUGUAUCCAGAUGGUCGAGAUGUGAACCCUGAACUGACAUGCCUGUGUGAGGCGGCUCAAAAGGGUAAAGUCCAAGUUACAGAGGAGCAGUAUGAGCUUUACUGUGAGAUCGGAAGCACCUUUGAGCUGUGUAAGAUCUGUGCAGAGAGGGAUAAAGACACCCGCAUCAAGCCCUGUGGGCAUCUUCUGUGCAAGCCUUGUCUCUCAGGCUGGCAGCAGAAGUCUGCAGGCAGCAACUGCCCUUACUGUCGCUGUGAAAUCAAGGGAACCGAGUCCAUCCUCAUUGAGCCGUACCUGCGGGACAGCAGUCAGUGGGAGGAAGAGUCAGAUGACAGAGAGGAUGAGGACCAUGAGGACAUUGAAGUGGUGAUAAAGCAAAUGGCUGCUCUGAAGAAGAUUUCCAGCUUGGAUUCCCAAGUUCAGAUUUCAUCUCCACCCAUACCCCCCCACAGUCUUACAGCGUCCCCCUGCCCCUCCCCAACCGGCUCCUCUCAGACACCUGAGAACAGACCGACAUGCACUCGUUCAGCUCAUACUGGCACUGAAACACACAGAAACAAAAACCAAACAAACAGAAAACCAGAUUCAGCGUUGACAUCCCGGAUGAGUCUCGACUCACGGAUGGAACUUUCCAGCGCAUUAAACGAGAGGAGACAUACAGAGAAUGAGGAAAGGAGGACAAGGCCUCGAAAAACCAAAAGCAAUCAAGGCGAGAUCACAAGAACAAUUUCUUCCUGAGCGGCAGCCGACAUCUGGAAUCCAAAGCAGCCUAAACAGGAAGCAAGCAAAGACUAGGACGGUUAUUCAUAAAAUCUGCCUUCAGAGAAUGUAACUGACGGUUAACAACCUGGUUUCUGCUGAACAGACAGAAUUACCAGUGGGCAGGACUCAGAAAAACAAUUCCCACCGUGGCCUCCUGCUGUUCAGUAAUUACACUGCCUGCAUCAACAUGCUACACUCACUAAUUCUCUAAUAUUGUCUCAUGAACCAUCUUGUUUGUAAUGAAUGUGUUUAAUGACUCCCCAUGCUUCAAAGAAAAGAAAAAUAAAAGGUAUGAAAAUGUAAUUAUGUGAAAAAAAUGAAAGUCAUUUAUAAUAUAAAUAGAGGGGAUUUUAAAAUGCUACCUCAUCUAUUGUCUUGUAAAUAAGCAGCACAAACAAAAGCAUUUGUGUAUUCAUCUGGCCAGGAGCCAUGAGGUACAUAUGAAAUAAAUAAACUACUAACAAU